UACGGCGUAGGCUCUGCGUCGAUGUAACGCGGAACCAUAAUUCAGGCUUAACUAGGAAGGACGACUGCAGCUCCGAGUGAAAGAUAAACGACAACACCAGCAGGCAGCAGGCUCCCCGAGCUACUUUAACGGGGUUGUAGGGGGAUUUCGAUAUGAUAAUUUUCAACGUAAUUGUCACGUCCUGCUUCCUACUAUGUAUCGCAGGUCAGUUUGGGAUCCCUUUGAACAAAUAUAUUCGUCAUUAUGAAGGUUUAUCGUAUGACACAGAAGUCCUGCACAAAAGUCACCAAAGAGCCAAAAGGGCUCUCUCUCCUCAUGACAGGUCUGUGCAGCUGGAAUUUCAUGCUCAUGGAAGAUAUUUUAACUUGCGGAUGAGGAGGGAUACAUCUCUCUUUUCUCCAGAUCUCAUAAUUGAGGUUUCAGGGGAUGAGGUGCCCAUUGAUACAUCACAUAUUUACAGUGGAGAAAUUUAUGGUGAAAAGGGUACACUGACCCAUGGCUCUGUGAUUGAUGGACGCUUUGAGGGUUUUAUUAAAACCCACCAAGGAACAUACUAUGUUGAACCUUCAGAGAGGUAUCUUCAAGACAAGAAUGGACAAUUCCACUCUGUUAUCUACCAUGAGGAUGACAUCAAUUAUCCUCAUAAGUAUGGCUCAGAGGGCGGCUGUGCUGACCACUCUGUGUUUGAGAAGAUGAGGAAAUACCAGGAAUCUUCAGUUCCUGAGCCCGGCAAAGAAGUGAACGAUGUGUUGGAAGAGGAGAGCUCCCAUGGUCCAGUCAUUCUGAGGAGGAAAAGGGCAGCGGGGAAAGAGAAAAACACCUGCCAGCUCUUCAUCCAGACUGACCAUCUCUUUUUUCAAUACUAUGUGACCAGAGAGGCUGUCAUAGCCCAGAUCUCCAGUCAUGUGAAGGCUAUUGACUCCAUAUAUCAGACCACAGACUUUGUGGGCAUACGAAACAUCAGCUUCAUGGUUAAACGGAUCAAGAUUAAUACUACUGAGGAUAUAAGGGACACGACCAAUCCUUUUCGUUUCUCCAAUAUCGGAGUGGAGAAAUUCUUGGAGCUCAACUCCGAACAGAACCACGACGACUACUGCCUGGCCUACGUCUUCACUGACAGGGACUUUGAUGAUGGUGUGCUUGGCUUGGCUUGGGUUGGGGCUCCCUCAGGAAGCUCAGGGGGCAUCUGUGAAAAGAACAAGCUUUACUCCGAUGGGAAGAAGAAGUCUCUCAAUACUGGUAUCAUCACUGUGCAGAACUAUGCCUCUCACGUUCCUCCCAAGGUGUCACACAUAACCUUUGCUCAUGAAGUUGGACACAACUUUGGCUCUCCUCAUGACUCUGGGGUCUCAUGCAGUCCAGGAGAGUCUAAGGUGCAAAGCGAAAAGGAGAAGGGAAACUACAUCAUGUAUGCCAGAGCCACAUCAGGAGACAAAGCCAACAACAACAAGUUUUCUAUCUGCAGCAUGCGCAACAUAAGUGCCGUUCUGAAGAAGAAGAGAGACGACUGUUUUGUUGAGUCAGGCCAGCCUAUCUGUGGUAAUGGACUUGUUGAAGAGGGAGAGGAGUGUGAUUGCGGCUACAUCGAUCAGUGUAAAGACGAAUGUUGUCACAACGCCAACGAAGAGGAGGGCAAAAAGUGCAAACUGAAACCCGGCAAAUUAUGCAGUCCCAGCCAAGGCCCAUGUUGCAACGCUGGAUGUACUUUCAAGGUCUCCAGUGAAAGAUGCAGGAAAGAGUCUGAAUGUGCUCUUGAAGGACAAUGCAAUGGGCUCACUGCUCUGUGCCCAGCUUCAGAACCAAAGGAAAACCUAACUUCUUGCCACUCAGAAACACAAGUUUGCCUCAAUGGGGUCUGUUCUGGUUCCAUUUGUGAGAAGUAUGGUCUGGGAGUAUGUACCUGUGCCAGCGAAAGUGGCAAGGAUGAGGCAGCUGAGCUGUGCCAUUUAUGCUGCAUGGAGAAAUCGGACCCAAGCACCUGCAGUAGCACAAGUUCAGAAAAAUGGGCCGCUUUCUUUAAUAAGAAGGUGACAACUCUUCAGCCUGGCUCGCCUUGCAAUGACUUUAAGGGAUACUGUGAUGUGUUCAUGAGGUGUCGCCCGGUUGAUGCUGACGGGCCUUUGGCAAGGUUGAAGAAAGCCAUAUUCAAUCCAGAGCUCUAUGAAAAUAUUGCAGAGUGGAUAGUGGCUUAUUGGUGGGCUGUGCUGUUGAUGGGUAUCGCUCUGAUUAUGCUGAUGGCGGGUUUCAUCAAAAUCUGCAGCGUCCACACACCCAGCAGCAAUCCCAAGCUCCCUCCACCAAAACCACUGCCAGGUACACUGAAAAGGAGAAGACAACAGCACGCAAACCAACAGCCCCAGCCUCAGCGCCAUCAUCGGCAGCACAGAGAGAACUAUCAAAUGGGACAGAUGAGACGCUGAGACGCUGCUCUGCUCUUUGCCUUUGUUCUUAGUGCCUACAACAGGAGCACUUCACUCCAAAGAGUUAUCUUUACCAUACAUUGCAAACUUAGAAGAACUUGGAAAGAAUAUUUUAAUGGACAAAACCAAAAGUUUUUGAGGGGGGGGACUAACAGUCACUUGACACUUCUCCUCUGAGAGCCAAAUUAACAGUGGUUCACAUAGCUUUUAUAGGAAACAAAUACUUUUUUUCCUAAGAGGUACACAAGGUGAAUUUUACUGAGCUAUGUUUUGUGGUCUUAACCCAAUUUUUUUUUUUUUUUUUUUAUCAGAAUGGAGGAAAGUGAAGCAGCUUUGUUAGUUCCUCUUCCUCUAUCCUCAGUUUCUUGCAUCUCUUUCUCUUGUGUUGUUUCUUUCUGCCUCCAUCAUCAGCACAAGAGCAGGACUGCAGGUCACACUUUUGUUACUGGUCAAAAGCAGAGUUAAGACAAUAUUUUGGAGGAGAACUUGCAUCUUACCAACGCUAUAGGAUCAUUUUAAAUAUAAGUAAAAACUGAAGCUUUCCAUUUCAGCAUACAUGUUCUUAAUUGUACAGAUAUUUUCAGAUGUUUGUUUUCCCCUCUUUGUUUCAUAUAUGUUUUCUUUUCUCUAAAUGACUAUGGUCAUUUACUAUUUUGAUUACAUUUCUCAGGAUCGAUAAAAUGAUUGCAAACACAUGUAAAAUUGACUGCAGGCCUGUUUCAGGGUAAAAUCCCUCCUGAUUGAAGUCUGUUCAGUGGGUUACCGUAACCUGCCGUCUGAUGUAGGCGAUGGCUACAUGACCUUAGCAAGAAUUUGUGUGUUACCAGAUAGGUGGGAGAAUUUAGAAGUUGGAUAUUAUCAUAUGGUUUUGCAGUUUCGUUUACAUAAAGGUAUAUGACUUGGGACUUAAAUAAAUAUUGAAGUGGGACCUUGUUAUCAUCUAGUUAUAGCGCGCUUCUAAAUAGGUGAUACUCGAUUUGUGGCACAUAACCACUUUUUUUGCCACAUUUGUGUUGGUCUUUACCUUACCUUUACCUUGUGACGAUAGUAAAAGCAAAGAAAAGAAUGUGUUAGAGCUAUGAUGAUUUUGAUCGUCCUGUCUGGAUUUUCACAAGUGUUUCACGUGCCGUUGUUCCCGGAAAAGGCCAACUUAAACCACUCAAUAAAGGUACAAUCCUCCACUGUAGCCAGAUAAAGAAGCUGUCUGCUUUAAAUGUGAUUGUGGCUUUUCUGUUGUCAAUUUUCUUUGCAGUUCAUGUUAUUUUGUGAAUGUGGAGGAACUGAAGCGCUUUGGUAGACGAGGAUAGAUUAUUUUCUACCAGACUGAGGUUUUCCCCAAGUGAACGUUAUUACACUUGUUAUGCCCUCUUGGUUUGAUUUAAUUGCAUUAACAUGUACCUGCUCAGAGCAGCUUGACUGAAAUCGACCACACUAGUGUCAGUGAUGCUAGAAACGGUGAAUAAGCUGGUAGUUUUAUUUCAGCGCUGCAUCAGUGUGGACCACUGAAACGUCGUGGAAUAAUGUGCCUCAGGGCACGUUCGUGUAUGAGAGGUUGACAGAAAUGUAUAUGGUUAUGGGCAUACAUGGCAAUAUUUGCCAUCGUGUAAACAUCUCAAUGAUGCUCAUUUUUAAGUUAAAUUCCACAGUUUUCACAUUUUUUAUUUUACUUUUAUCUAAUAAUUUACAGCCCAGCACCAAUUUGGCUUCGCUUGAGUGGUCUUUCAGUCAGGGGACCUUCAGGUCGGUUUCACUGACAGCUGAAUGAGAUCGCAGAAUACUCCCUGUUGAGUUAUUUGUAAAGUGUCUAAAUGUACAUGUAUGAACUUGUGGGAUCAGAGCUAGAGAGCAAAGAUGCCAUCACUCAUGCAAGAGCUGAAUGGAGCGCAGCUACAUCUCAUCGCUAUUUCCUCAGCAAGGUGCCUGGGCUCAGAUGCUAUGCAGAGCUCAGCCAUGAGCACGUUGGCCUCUUCACAGACAAAUGCCUUUGAUGUGUUAUACUGAAAGGUCGCACAGAAAAUUCUGUCUCUUUCUUACCAAAGUCACAUCCAUGUGCUGCAAGAAGAUUCUGAGCUGACAAAAAUGCAAUUUUCUGUCGCUUUAUUCUAACUUCAUGUAUCCUUUGGUGCUAAAGGAGGUGAUUUUAUUUCUUUACGUUCUUUGGUUGGUGGUUCGGGGUAAUUCUCGUUAUUUGAAAUCCUUAGUGUGUGGUUGGGCGGUGUGUUUGCGUGGGUGUGAGUGAGCGAGCUGCUUUGCUUGUUAUCCCUGUCUGUUUUAUUGACAUGACAUGAUGUGGGUAAUACUCAGAUACUCUGGGAAAUGUAUUUGUUUUUCUUCAUGUGUUGCUCGUCACGAUGAGAAAAUAUGCACUGACAGCGAUUUGAACGGAGUCCAAAAUGAUAAAAACUCAAUACUACUGCCUAAUUUUAAUAGUUCUUCUGUUUUUAUACAAUGUCUUCGAUUGCGUUUUUUUUUUUGUUAAUUUUAUUUUUUUUUGUUCUUUCUUUCCUGCUUCCUUUUUGAAAAUUUUAUAAAAUUUGCAAAGAUUUUGUGUAAAGAUAUAAUUUCUCUUGAACUACUGGCAAUGUGUUAAUAAACCAGAAUUGAUUAAACCUG